AUGGAGCACCCAUUCAACCAGCUAGCUGAAGAUGUUACUUGGGACGCCGAUGCUCCCAUUUUGAUCAAGCCAUCAGCAAACAUAUCGCAAGUAAACUAUGUAGCGCUCCCUUCUUCACAAGACAAGUUCUCUAACAGCAUCGACCGCUUAUGGAAGCAAGCCGCCCGCCGCAAACAUGGGCAAGCUGACUUUCAGCUUGAGUUGUACAUUUACGUACAGCGUAGAAAUACCAAUCCAGGUAUUCGCCGUGCAACAGAAGCACGCGUUGAAGCAUCGGCGGCUGCAAUAAGAGAACGCUACUGGGCUAUUUCUCAUGCCCGUCAGCCCGAGGGCACCGCUAUCGAGCCUCCAACUAGUGCUUCAUUUGCGCAACUACAACGAAUUGACGCGAUGCACUCUGACAUUUCCGCUACAUUAGAUAGCAAUGGCUCGAGUCCGAGUCACCAAUUUGUGCGCGUGGCUUGCAGACUAAACGGGAGUAUUAUUCACUUGGAAUUAGACGUAGCUGAGUUGCGUCGAGCUGUUGGGAUGCCAUCUUACGAUCUAUUUCCUCCAUUUCGCCCCGAUCUUGAAGAUAUUGGUUCUACUGAGAACGUGAGUGACACUGAUCAUGCCGAACAAGCUGGCGAGUAA